AAAAAAGCACCAGUUUUUGCUAUGAGAGGCUAAAAGAUAUAAUUCGUAUUUACGUAAUAGACAAUUUAUAUUUACAGUUCUUAUUUAUCACUAUUGUGUGCUAAUAGACUAAAUCUUAGCUUGGUUGUUAUCUAAAUUGGUGUUUAAAUAAAAUUAUGUGUUGUAACAUGAAAUUAUUCGUACAUUAAAGUAUACAAUUUAAAAAAUUAAAUGGAUAAAGAUAAGGUGCUUUUUCUUCAUUUGGUUGUAUGUAUUUUUGGUAAUGUAUGGGCAGACUGUGGUCAAACAAAGUUUAAUCAUUCUAGAGGUGUGAUAAGUAGUCCAGAUCAUUUUGUUAACUCCACGUGUACAUAUGAAAUAGAUGUUUCAUCAGAGUCUCGAUGGGUUCGUCUUAAUUGGGAUAAAUUUGCAAUGGAUGCAACCAUGCCUUAUUGUUUAGAUGGAGACCAUGUUGAAGUUUUUAUUGGAUGUAAUUCUAGUAAAACAUCUGUAUCUCGCUUUUGUACACGCAAUAUGAAAACAUUACCACAUACUAUAUAUGCAAUAGACGGCUGCAUAACAAUUGAGUUCAGAAGUAGUAGAGGUCUCACUUCCAACUUCUUUUCUGCCAGUUAUGAAACAUUUACUAUUGAUACAUCUUCACAAUACAGUACAGGGUGUUCUAGAUUUUCCAAGUUAAAACGAUACUCUGGAACAAUUUUAAGUCCACUUUGGCCCAAACCAUAUAGUUUAUAUAGAUUUCCGUACUCAAAUGAUUGUGAAUGGGAAAUAGAAGCCGGCAGUAACAAAGUAAUAAAGCUAAAUUUUAUGCAUUUUGAUAUUUACAAUACUGAUUCUACUGGAGUUUGUUACAAUGAUAAGGUUAUUGUAAAAGGUAAAAAAUCUGAUAAAACAUCUGAAAAAGAAAAAUGGGGAUUUUGUGGAAGAAAACCACCAUUCUCUAUAACAACUGCUUAUUAUGAAGUUGAUGUUGAAAUGAAACUGUCUUCAUUUACUAAGUCUUAUACAAGUCGAGGUUUUGUGGUUGGCUUUGUAGCAUAUAACGAUGAUCAAGUUGACACAGCGAUGGCAGUGAAAUGGCAAUAUAUUUUUGGAAUUAUCAUUGUUUUGGUUGUUAUUUUAAUAAUAGGCAUUUUUUGUUAUUGUCUGUAUAAAAAAAAACAAGCUGCUUCUUCACAAGCCGCAAAUCAAGGUUUUGUUCCAAUACCAAAUAACUAUCCAAAGUCUAAUACAUAUCCUCAACAGUAUGUAUAUCCACAACCACAGGUAUACCCAAAUCAAACAGCAUAUUCACAACAGCAGUUGUAUUCGCAACAGCAGUAUCAAAGUGGUUAUCCGUUAUUACAAGGAGGUUACACAUCACAGUAUCCUGGUGCUCAGGAGAUUAACCAACCUAACAUGUAUCCUUAUAAUCAUCCAAACCAAGGAUUCCGUGAACCUCGACCUCCGCCUCCAUAUCAAAGUGGUUCUCAGCAAUUGCCCUAUCAACCACCACAGUAAUUUUUUUAAAUGUAUUUUUGGUUAAAAACAAUUACUUAACACCAAAAAAUGUGACAGUUUGUUUUAUUAUUUAUUCUAUAUUUAUUCUUUGUUUUGUAUAUUGUUCUUAAAAAGAAAGUCUUUAUUUGUAAAUAUACAUUUUAAACUGUAUGUAUUUUUGAUAAUUUAUUUUUAAAAAAUCAUGAAAAGUUAAUACUUGCGUAGAUAUGAUAAUGAUAAAAAUAUAUUUUUC